AUGACUCAUUUUCCCGCCAUCACGGGCUAUAAGAAGGUGCCUCUGGUACAUCUCCCGAGACAACCGAACGCGAGACAACAACAGAGCAAUAUGGCGGCACACACACCUAAACGAAAGCUCGUCUGUACGGCAUAUCCGGAUGAAUUCCAGCAGCAGUAUAUCAAUGGAAUUCCCCUCAACCUCAACGAUAUCAGGGAUCACCAACAGACUCUCAGGAAAGAGGAUAGCUUCAGGGCCAUCGAAGAUGAAAAAGACGAAAUUUUCAAGGCUAUCAAGUUCGAGGAAUGGAAAAGGCUCUCGGACGACCUUAUCCGGCAGUUGGCUAUUCUUGGCACACAUGCUCUUACUUGCACCAUCCACUCGCUGACAUUCAAGAAGGAAUGGAGUCAGGGCAAGCUCGAAAAGACCUUGCUCAAAGCCAUCUGCGCUUCAGCACUACGGCUUGCACCAACAUAUCGUUCCGAGAGCUCACAAGCCCAUAACUGGAUGAAGCAAGUUCAGCAUGAGUUGGUCAAUCAUAUGGGCGACAUGUCAGUACCCAAAAUGCAAGCCCUAAUGCUUGUGAUCAAAUUCCUCUUCUCAAUGCGCUUCACUGGCGAUGUAUGGGUUCUCCUCUCAAUCGCAUCAAGAGUCGCAUUCACUAAGAGGCUCAACUACGAACGUCCAGCUAUUGAUCCGGUCAGACAAGAAUGUCUUCGACGAUUAAUGUGGUCGAUAUAUGUUGUUGACAAAAUAUUCUCUGGUGGUAUUGAGGACCUGACGGUCAUCCUCAGUGGGACCAGUCCAUAUCUUAGCAGGGACCAAUUACGUUCACUAGAUCUGGAAUUGACAUCUUUUGAAGAGUCGUUGCCUGAUGAGUUGCAACUCAACGAGAACAGACUGAUGAUAAUGUGUCACUCCGAGGAAGCAAGAACAUACACAACAUUGCAUACCAUCUUGUUCAGUUCUCGCUGCGAUCUCCACCGCUUCCUUAUUCCCGGCAUCCGAGAGGCGGUAUCACCAGAAGCAGAGAACCAAACGCCACGAGAAUACAUCGACUACUGCCAGCAGCAGUGUUUACAGACAGCCUUGCGGUUCAUAGACAUGUGGUCCAAGGUUCGACAGAUGGAGACGAGUAGUCGUGUCGGGACACCAACGUUUGCCGUAGUGACGUAUCAAUUUGUCAAGAUGGUUGAUCACUUGGCUGCCUUACUGCCAUUGCACGGGGAGUCAUCAUUACCAGUGAUUAAGCAGAAGUUUAUGGAUAUCCUGCUCAUUGUGUCGGGAAGUCGAGCUGAGGUUGGAUGGAUCGGUACAUGCGAAAAGCUGCAUCGUCGCUCUAAGCAUGCCUUUGCUCCAGACGACGAAGAGGAGGAAGACCCAGCCAUUAGGCCGCCAGAGUCCAACACUGGCGAAGAGAUACCAGAGACUUCCCUUGAAUCCACAGUACUUGAGAACACUGCAGGGCAAGAUAUUUGGUCAUUUCCAGUCCAGGGCAGCGACGAACAAGGUCUGACUGGGUCAACAGGAGACGGGUCUCUUGGCUCAUUCUCGUCACUUGGAUAUCCACUCGUCAACUACGACUCUAUCAACUCAGCUGACUUAGUGUUCGGAGACCAAGAACUCGGUUUCCCGUUGGAUCCAUUUGAUCUGCAGAUGAAUGCUUAUACUGAUGCUAAUGCACCUCAAUAUUAA